AAGGACAGUUUGUUUUUUCUUUAUUAUCGUGAUUUUUAACCGUGCACUAGUUCAUCACGUAAGGUUGAGAGCAGGUGUAAAGCUCUAGUUUUCAUGUAACAGCCAAGAAGAAGAAGAAGAAUUUUAGGUGGAAGUUACAAUAUGUAUCUGAAAUUCAAUUCGUUCAAAUUGUUCGGUGCAAUCAGUCGUGCAACUCAGUGAGUGAAACUUCAUGACUAACGUAAACCGUUUCCUGAGGCCGCUUGCAAUGCUAUAUUUCAAAAUUGUUUCAAACUACUCGACAGUUCUAAAAAUGAAACUACAACACGAUCAGCUUUUAAAAGUUUUUGGUAUUUGUGUGGGUUCGUGUGACAGCUCGGAUGAUACAUCCGCAAUCCUUCGCUUAUUUACAUUCGGUCCCACUUUGUAUAUACCGUGCUUUACACUUACAACAUACGGAUUGGCCGCCUGACCCUGCAUUAGCUCACCAGACCACGCAGCGCGAGGCUUCAUUCUCUUUCGUAUCUUGGCAAGCGGUGAAGACAAUGUUACGCUUCAUUCUGUCCAUCAUUAUCUGUUUGAGGAUCAUCGGAGUCACCACUUCUGUCAUCAUCUUUCCUCACAUCACCACCAUAGAGACGAAACAUCCUAUAGUCAACGAGACAAUGUAUGCCGCAUAUCCGAACCUCUGGCUGUUGGAUAUGAGCAACCAAACGAGAUUUGAAUUCCCAGUUGACCAGGUUCUGCUGAUACACGACUGUCUGACACAUUACGUAUGCAACAAUUGUGGGAUACAUUCUAUCUACCAGAUAUCCUUGUCGCAGCUACCAGAACUUACUUCUCUUAUUGUAAAUAAUAACACCCUCCAGUACAUACAUCCAGAUGCAUUCGAGUACAAUACGCUAUUGAAAAAGGUCAGUCUGGUUGGCAAUCAACUUUCUACAUUCAAUCCGGAAGCCACAAUUCGGCACAUGCCUGCGCUAAAUAUACUUUAUCUAAGCAGCAACGAGCAAUUUGAUUUGAACAAGGUGGACCUUCAAUCUCCAAGAUUGAUGCAAUUAUUUUGCAAUUACUGCCACACUACCUUUCUCGUUCAGCAAACGCUGACCAACAUGCCAAGACUUUCCGUGCUGUAUCUGUCGUACAACGUAAUAGACAGGAUCGACGAUGAUGCUUUGAUGCUGGCAAAAUAUAUUAAGAGGUUGACAAUCAACGGUAAUAAACCCUUGCACCGAUUGAACCUUACAUCGACAUCACUGAUAGAUCUCAACGCUGCAGAAUGUAGUUUGAAUGGCACGCUGGAUACAUCUCACUUACCGAUGCUGGAAUCUAUCAACGUGAGAAAUAAUAGGAUUGCUCGGAUAAAUGAGGAUGGAUUUCAGCAGAAUCCAGAUAUAAAAAUUAUCUUGCUGGACGAUAAUUCAAUCGAAAAGGUCCCCACAAUACUACUAGGACUUCCUAUGAACAGGUUGGAGCAGCUAUGCAUGGACAGGAAUCCACUUCAACCGUGUAAUCAAACUGAUUAUGCAAAGGAGCUGUACGAAAUAAGAAGACUCCGCCGAAGUUGUUUGGAUGAUAAAAAUCCUUUGCAUGAGUUUGAAAACUAUCUACCGAUUACUACUGGAAAAGCGGUAUAUAAGAAAACUCCCAUUCAUCUUCGUAGUAGUGAUGGAUUAACAGUAGACCUUUCGGGCAGAGAAAUUGUAUACAUAGAACCAGAUUACCUAGUAGAUGAUAGAAAUGUGACGAAUGUUUUAUUUGACGAUAACCGUUCGUUUGAAUUUCAACAGGAUACGAUAUUUCUUAAAAGUUCUUCUGUUGAACUAAUAUCUUUACAGAAUUGUUCAAUCACAACAUUAUACGAGGCUACAUUCAAAGAACUACCAAAUCUAAAAACCCUGCAUCUGCAGGGCAACCAAGUUCGAUCAAUUCAUUCCCAUUUAUUGUUCAAAAAUAACCCAACCUUAACAUUUCUGAGCCUCUCACACAACAAUCUUGAAUUGAUCGUUGCAAAUGCAUUUCAAAACCAUUCCCAGUUAGAAGUCCUCCACUUAGACUGGAACGGCCAUCUAUCAAAUAGCGCCCAUGGUCCAUUCCUUCUGAGCGCAUCACUAAGGAAGCUCAGCUGCAGACACUGCCGGUUUGUACGGCUUGACAAUAUGGCCCUGACAGGAUUACCAAAUCUGAUAGAACUAAACCUAGAACACAAUCAUAUAGAACUAUUGGAAGCUGAUGCCCUUCGGUGGACUACGGAACUAAAAUACCUUAAUCUACGACAUAACCGGCUGGUGGUUUUUAAACCGAACGUCUACCAGCUAAACCAUAUGAAGACACUUUGUCUAGCUGGUAAUCCACAGUUUGACUUCGAACAAUUGCUGUUGCAUGACAUUCAGAAGAUUAAGCAGCUGAACAAAGAUUGCCAAGACGAACAAUUUUCCAACAACUUGGUUGAACGGUACAAAUUAAUAAAAGAAGUAAAAAAUGGAACCAUGGAGUUGGGACAAAGUAAACCUGUCUCAUUAAUGUACGUUGAAACAUCAUCUACCGUGUCUUUAACGGCAGAUGUGAGUAUUAUUUUACUGAUGGCCUGUAGCUUGGUCACUUAUCAAGUAUUAUUUUUAAGUCAUAAUUUGUUUUGUCAUCUAUUUUUGAAUUUCAAUAAUACACACGGUCUUUAGUCAUACGGUCGUUAGGCAUACGGUCGUUAGGCAUACAGACGUUAGGCAUAAUGGACGUUGGGCAUAAAUGACGUUAGGCAUAAUGGACGUUAUUGUCUACCCGAUGAAUUCCAGAAGGAUGAUUGCUGACUUCGGUGACAAUAAUGAAAUAGCCUUAAUUUUUGGAACUCAUGAAAACUUGCG